GCCUGCAUCAUCAUCGUUUACUGGCGCACUUUCUUGCAUAUCGCCGGCGCGGGCAGGUGCAUUCCUCGCAAACGCUCACCACCCCUGUCCGGCACGCCACCGCGUGAAAGCCCGGCAUCAAUCACAAUUGAAGCAGAAAGAAAGAACGAGCUCCAUAGCUCCUCCCCGCCAUGGACAGUAACGUCGACCUCGACGACUUCGCCACCACACCUCCGCCCAAGCGACGGAAACUCAUUCCCAUCGUGACCAAGCCGUCACCGAACCGGCUGUCACAAUUGCUUUCCAUCUUUGGCGCUCGAAAGUCAUUGACUUCAAUCAGCGCAAUGAAUCGCGCCUCCGUCGGCGGCCAUGGACUUAGGAAUGCCACGGCUGUGUCCUACGCUGAAUCACCAAGCUCCUCACCUCUGAGCUCACCACGGGCUACUUCAAGUUUCGAGUCUGAGGGACAGGACGACUGGGACGAUGCCAUGGACGGCGAUGCGAGCGAAGACGAGUUGUCUUCAGAGGACGUGAUCCAUGCUGUCCCGCGGGGCUCGACUGCUGCACAGCAACUUCCAUUGCCGGCCAGGUCGAGGAGAGGCAAUGUGGACUACUCCCGCGUAGUACCAGCUCCAUUGCAGAAGAAAUCGUACAAGAAGAAGAGAGGCGCAAAUCGCCUGCUCAAGUCCGACACCAACACCAGCGCUCCGGCCAAGGGUCACGGCGCAACAGCACGAAAUCUCGUGCGUCAAGACAUUGCUCUUCAUACUAAGCCGAAGCGCGAUGCCUUCCUUCUGGCUCACGCAGACUAUUUUGAGCCACUUCUGCCUCAGAACAACUAUAUUUCCAAGCUAGCACGCACGCAAAAUGAAGAACGCCAAGCCAUCGUUGACUAUGUGGAACUCCACGAACAGCCGGCAGGCGUUCAGGCAACGAUGAAGCCAUACCAGUUGCAAGGGCUCUCUUUUCUCGUUCACAUGUUCGACAACGGCAUGUCAGCUAUCUUGGGAGACGAAAUGGGCCUGGGAAAGACGCUCCAAACGUUGUCACUGUUCCAAUACCUAACUGAGAACAAACCGACUACAGGUGAACACCGUCCCAACCUUGUCGUAUGCCCAUUGAGUGUACUGUCAUCCUGGAUCGCAGAAUCGAAGAAGUGGGUACCCGGCAUCAACGUGGUACGAUUCCAUGGCCCGAAAGCAGAGCGAGAACGCAUCAUGAAAGACUGCAUGUCUCGCAAGACGCGCUCCGACAAGGCGCCGCAGCGCAGCAACGGUGAGGCAGACGAUCGGAUCGACCUUUUCGUCACCACAUACGAGACAUUCUGCGCAGAGGCGGGCUGGUUCAAGCGAGCUUUCGUAUGGCGUUACUGCGUGCUCGACGAAGGACACAAAAUCAAGAACGACAAGUCCGACAUUGCUUCUGCGCUGCAAGGUCUCAGUGCGGAGUACCGUCUGCUGCUAACAGGGACACCAUUGCAGAACAAUUUGAAGGAGGCGUGGGCUCUGCUCCACUGGCUGCUCCCUGAAGUUUUCACCGAUGACACUGGCGACGCAUUCCGCAAAGCAUUCGACUUGACGAAGGGCACUGUAUCGACGUCCUUUAUGAAUGACGCCCGCCGUCUGCUGGAACUGAUCAUGCUCCGCCGCAUGAAAACCAGCCCGGGUGUCAGUCUUGGUCUCCCGCCAAAGGAAGAGGUUCUCCUAUAUCUGCCGUUGACGCCCAUGCAACGAUUCUGGUACACGAGACUGCUUACUCGCGCCGACAAUGCGACACUAUCCGAUCUUUUUGCGGGCGCACAAGACAAGGAAGCGGAGCUCUUGAAACAGGAGGGACAAGAUGAACAACUUGCACUACUCGAGCAAGCUGGCGAAGCACUGACCAAAGCUGAAGACAUUGACACCACCGGUGUGUGGGCUGAGUCAAAGGCUAUCAUGGAACAAGCUAUGGAAACCCAAGACGUGGACAAGCGAAGCAAUUCCUGGCAGAAGCUCAUGAACCUCCUGAUGCAACUACGAAAGGCAUGCAAUCACCCCUACCUCAUACCAGGUGCCGCUCCACUGCAAUACGACAUUGGUGACCACGUCAAGAAUGCCUCUAGCAAGUUUUUGGUCCUUGACAAGUUGAUCGAAGAACUUGCUAUCAAGCAAGGCAAGAAAAUCUUGAUAUUUUCUGGCUUCACGCGUGUGCUGAACCUGUGCGAGGAGCUCUUCGCUACCAAAGGCGCCAACACCAGUACUGGUCCCUUCCGAUUUGCGCGCCUCGACGGGGGCACGAGUCGUGCUCAGCGAAACUUGAGCAUCCGACUCUUCAACGAUAUGAAGAGUGACUACAAAGUCAUGCUUCUAUCGACGAGAGCAGGUGGUCUUGGCAUCAACCUCACCUCUGCCACCGACGUAGUCUUCCUGGACGAAGACUGGAAUCCCCAAGUGACACUCCAAGCCGAAGCAAGAGCACACCGCAUUGGACAAACCAAGAAGGUGACAAUCUACAAGCUGUGCACUUCCGGAACAGUUGAGGAACAAAUGAUGGGGCGCAUCCGAAAGAAGUUGUACCUCUCAGCCAAGAUCACCGAGAGUAUGCGCAACAUUCAUUCUAAAAACUCUUCCGCCAAGAAGCGCAAGCGCGAGUCGAGCGACCGAGCGACUGCAGAAGAUGAUGCUCCUCAUCUCGAUACCGCAUCCUUGCAAUCGCUCCUUCGUCGCGGCGCACAAACACUUGCGAGGCCUGAGGUGCCUGUCAACGAACUUUUAUCAUGGGAUUGGGCGACGACACUCGAGAAGUGCAAGGACAAGCCCCUCGAUGCCCUCAUGGGCGGUGAAGUCGAUGAGGUUGAUGAGCAGCAGUGGUUGAACACAAUGGAAAAAGUUGAGUGUGCCGUGUUCGAAGGCAAGAAGCAUCAGAAGGAGCUCGACAAGAAGAUUGAGGAGGCGACGGAUUUGAACCGCGCUGAUCGCCGUGCCGGCAAGAACACUACAGUCGAGAUUGAUGGCUUCAUGAUCAACAAAGAGUCCUUGAAUUGCGCCGACUGGGAAGCAGUCCCGACAUUUGCCGGCAAAGAUCCUCGCUUGGCAGAGUACAAGAAGGAGAAGAAGCCCCCAAUCCAGCACCAAGAGUUCUGCCAGUGUUGCUGGGACGGCGGCGAGAUCUAUACUUGCUCUGGAUGCCCUCGAGCUUAUCACACUGGAUGCCUGGACAAAGAGUGGCAGGCGAAGAUGAAGUCCACAUUCCAGUUUCACUGUCCUCAGCACCAAUGCCGGGAUUGCGGUGGCAAGACGAGCGAUGUUGGAGGCAUGGUGUAUCGCUGCCGCUGGUGUGAGAACGGCUUCUGUGAAGACUGCUUGGACUGGGACACAAUGAAGCUCGUUGGCGACUCGCUGCCAGAGUUCGAGAUGCGUGGCUUCGGAAAAGUCGCUCAAGCAUACUUCAUCGAAUGCCCGCACUGCGUUGAGAGAAUGGCAGCAGAUCCGGGCGACGCCAAGGCGAUUGCUCGUGAGCGCAAGCGUAUUGAGCAGGAGUACGAAGAGUACCUUGAUGCAGACGAGCCGACGCCUGGCCUGAUUUCUACUGGGGCUGCCGAAGACACUCCGGACACUUUGAGCGAAGCCAUGACGCCCAAGUCCGAGCCUGAGCUGCCCCAUGCUCAUCCAGUGAAGAAAGCCAAGGCCCGCAAGCAAACGAAGAUGGUGGAAGUGAUUGAUCUUGACUCAGAUUGAAGGGAUAUCGGAAGAGGAUCUUGUCUUUCAAGGAAUUGACAUCGCAUAACUUGACACGAAGUUACGAGACCGCAUGGAAGAACGACGGCAUGAUCACUGAUGCAGGCAUAUUGCGCUUGUCCGGAUCUCGUGCGAUUUGGAGCAAAGGAUGACAGCAGAAGUCUGUCUUCUACCCUGGCCGGGCCUGAACGCAGCAAUCACGAAGAUGCAGCUUG